GUGCCAAUAUAAAAGACAGUGUUUUUGUUUGGUUAAAUGGUUAUUUUCUGGACUAUAAAUCUAAGUUUUAAAGAAUAAUUAUUCACAAAUUUUUGUGAAAUUUGAAAUAUAAUCAGGAAAAUGUUUGAAGAUUAAUAGUAUUAAUAGUUAAGAAAUCGUACAUAUUUGGUAUGAUAAUGGACUCGAGGAACUCUAAUAAGAAUGGCAGUAUAGAUCCAGAAAAUCUAAAUUUGAGCCUGGAUAUGGGCGAUGAAAUGAAAUUGGAUGAAGUGAAUUAUGAAAGUGAUGUAUCUUCUUCUAGUUCUGAAAGUUCAUCUGCUCCAAGCAUAAGUUCUGUAAGUACGAAUUCAUCAGGAAAGGGACGGCUUUCCAGGCAUAAAAGGGGCCGUUCUAAAGAUAAAAGUCCAUCUCCAGCAGCUAAAAGAACUCGUUCUAAGGAUGCCAAGACCAAAUCCUAUGAUUAUCUUACUAAAUUAAACUACUUGUUUCGAGAUGCUCGUUUUUUUGUAAUAAAAUCGAACAAUGCUGAAAAUAUUACACUUUCAAAAGCUAAAGGUGUAUGGUCUACUUUACCUCAAAAUGAAGCCAAUUUAAAUAAGGCUUAUAGAGAAUCAAGAAACGUGUUACUUAUAUUUUCAGUAAAAGAAAGUGGAAAGUUUGCCGGUUUUGCCAGACUGCAUGGUGAAUCACGACAUGAUGUUCCAGCCAUAUCUUGGGUGUUGCCACCAGGAUUGUCUGCAAAGGCAUUAGGUGGUGUAUUUAAAGUGGAUUGGAUUUGUCGUAAAGAAUUGCCAUUUUCAAGCACAAUGCAUUUAUACAAUCCAUGGAAUGAUGGUAAACCUGUUAAAAUAGGAAGGGAUGGACAAGAAAUAGAACCCAGAGUAGCUGAGGAACUAUGUCGUUUAUUUCCAGAAGAUGAAGGUAUAGAAAUUACUCCUAUUUUAAGAUUAGCUAAAGAAGCAGCAAAAAAAAAUAAUUUACGUGGUCGUGAUGGUCACAGACAUCCAAAAGCUAGAAUGCCAAUAGCAGCUCGAACUUCUUCAUUUGGAUACAGAGGCCGAGGAGCAUCCUAUUCUAGAAGAAAGUAUUUUUUGCAAACAAGGGGAUUAACAACAUCAACUUCAUACAGGAGGUCUAUAUCGCCUCGCCCUAGAGAUAGGUAUUCAUUAUUUUAUGAUCGAGACUCACCAAGGCCAUAUACAGCAGCAGCUGCUGAAGCAUAUGUUGCUGACUAUAUGCGAACGAUGCAGCAUCAGUUGCCACCAUUACCAUAUGUUCCACCUCCUGGUUUAUAUUCAGCUUCAGCCUAUGAUAAUCUGCCUCCACCUCGUUAUUAUGAGGGACUUCCAAUACCUGAAUAUGCAUCGUCUAGGAUAAGUUCUUAUUCCGACAAACGUUCAUAUGAUCGAUCCGUUGAUGAAUUUAUAUGGAGGACUAGUGAACGUUCCAGAGAUAGAGAGAGAGAAAGUCGUCAUCGUUACAGAGACAGACGGUGAAUAAUUUUUCAUUGAAUAGAAUAUGUUUUGACACAAUUUCCUUUUAUGUAAAAUUAUUUAUAAUUUAAUUACCUUGGUAUUUUUACCAGUGGUGCUUUUCAAGUGUAUUUUUUUAAAAUUGAUUGUGAUGAAUGUUUAUUCCUGGUUUAAAAGUUUUGAAGAUGUACGAAUUACAAAAAAGUGUGUAAAAUCAAUCAUUGGAUGUAUUAGUUGUAGCUACAUAAGUUUUAAGUAAUUCAUUAUUUGUAUAAAACACUUAUAUUAAAUAAGUACUUUA